GCUGAGGAGCGCUCUGCUCACACACACACACACCCUCUCUCUCUUUCACACACACACACACACAUUCACACACACAAACACCAACCUCCAUCCACUGACAGUGUGACCGUCCUGCCUGACGUGGAGAUGAAUUAGACGCACUUCACUUUAUGGGCUGAAUCCCCCACCCAAAAAAAAAAAACAAAAAAAACAUCCGCUUUGGAUUUUGUGUGAACUUGGACGAGCGGAAAAGAAAAGAUGCGGAAAUACAUCAAGUUGUUUGCGUGCCUGCUGCUUGUGUGUGAAGAUGCAGCUUCCCAGAGCAAGAUCUUUGGGGAGACCGAGCCUGUUCGGAUGGUAUCAGAGGGCUCGGACUGCCGCUGCAAGUGCAUCAUGCGGCCGCUGAGCAGGGACGCUUGUCUGCGGCUGCGCACCGGCAGCGUGCGCGUGGAGGACUUCUACACGGUGGAAACGGUCAGCUCGGGUUCCGACUGCAAGUGUUCCUGCACCGCGCCGCCGUCCUCCCUCAACCCCUGCGAGAACGAGUGGAAGAUGGAGAAGCUCAAGAAACAGGCCCCCGAGUUGCUGAAGCUCCAAUCUAUGGUGGACCUCCUGGAGGGAACCCUUUACAGCAUGGACCUGAUGAAGGUCCACUCAUACAUCAACAAGGUGGUGUCUCAGAUGAACACCCUGGAAGAGACCAUCAAGACAAACCUGACGAGGGAUAACGAAUUUGUCCGGGACAGCAUGGCCACCCUCACCAACCAGUUCAAGAGAUAUGACAACUACUCCAACAUUAUGAUGAGCAUCAAGAAGGAAAUCUCUGGACUCAGUCUGCAGCUGCUUCAAAAAGACUCUUCAGUGCAGGACACCAAAGAUGAGAGGACCAAGGCGCCUUUAAAAGCAGCCAACAAGAAGCCUUCAGGAGCCAAGCCUCCUCCCAAACCCAAAGAAAAAGUGGUCAAGCCCAAGAAGGAGGUCAUCAAAUCGGAAAAAGCGCUGAAACCAGACCCGACUGCCAAAAGCAAGGUGGUCGGCCAGCAGCAAGGUGUGGUGAGGGGCAUCACCUACUACAAGGCUGCCAAGACGGACAAGGAGGAGGUCCGAGGAGACAACCCGGCCAAAACAUACGCACGCCAUCACGUCACCGAAACCCAGUCUGAGGAUGGUGGAGCAGAGAUGGUUCUUGAAACGGUGGAAGCGACAGCUGCCGAACCUACCGCAUCAACUGCAUUCCAUAGCAGCGUAGCACCGACCACCACGGCACCCCCCACUACCUCGGCACAGACGACCGGCCACAGUACGGCAGCUGCAGAGAGGCCGGCCCCCACCAUUGUGCUGCUGCUGGAUAACAGCAACAACAACAGUCGCCCCGCUCUUCACCGAGCAGGGAAAAUUCUGAACUGUGAAGGCACUCUGGCAUCAAUCGAGCAGCCGGAGAAGCAGCACAGUUAUGGACGCAACGAGGGAGCCUGGAUGAAGGAUCCUCUGGCUAAAGACGCCAAGAUCUACGUCACAAACUACUACUACGGCAACAACCUGGUGGAGUUCCGCAACCUGGAUAACUUCAAACAAGGCCGCUGGAGCAACCUCUUCAAGCUUCCCUACAACUGGAUCGGCACGGGCCACGUGGUCUACAACGGCGCCUUCUACUACAACCGCGCCUUCACCAAGAACAUCAUCAAGUACGACCUGAAGAUGCGUUACGUGGCGGCCUGGGCGCUCCUGCACGACGUGGUCUACGAGGACACCACCCCGUGGAAAUGGAGGGGCCACUCGGACAUCGACUUCGCGGUGGACGAAACCGGACUGUGGGUGAUCUACCCCUCGGUGGACUACGACUACCACCAGCAGGAGGUGAUCGUGGUCAGCAAACUGGACCCGGGCGACCUGUCGGUGAAAAAGGAGACCACCUGGAGGACGGGUCUGAAGAGGAACUCGUACGGCAACUGCUUCAUCAUCUGCGGCGUCUUGUACGCCGUGGACGUGUACAACCAGAAGGAAGGCGAGGUGCGCUACGCUUACGACACGCACACCAACACGGAAGCCGUCCCGCACCUGGCCUUCACCAACGAGCACUCCUUCACCACGCAGGUCGACUACAACCCCAAGGAGAAGGUUUUGUACGCCUGGGACAACGGCCAUCAGGUCACGUACCGACUAAACUUUGUCCACCAGUGAGAAUUCAAUCCACGUGCGACAAGGUACGGGAGGCCUGCUGGUAUGGACCCAAGGUGCUGAGCAUUUUGCAACUUGUUUGAGCUAAAACCACUCAGGAUGUCCCACAUGUCUCCGUUUCAAGUAUUUGUGGACAUAAUCUCACUGCUUGACUUGCGCUUGAUACACCUUCAAUCAAGAAAAACUGUAUUUUGACCAUCACCCACAAUUCUUAGGUGAGUCUCUCCCUUUUCUGUGCAUUCUGCAUAAUAGACAACUGCUAGUAAGAGGCGGCUAACAAUGCGGGUUAUGUGAUUUAUCUAUUACGGCUACAUAUCCAUCUACAGUGGGGCAAAAAGUCCUUUUUUCAAUAAUUAAACAAUAAUUAUGAGUGAAAUGAGUCAAAGAGAGCUCAAUGGUAGGUCUGGAAAACACUAACCUAUUUAUUAUUAACUGUCUGGAAUGGAUUUGUACUGUUUUUAAGAUGAAGUGGAGUGAUGGUUUUUUUUUUUUUUUUUUGGUGACACCCGAGUGGUCACUAUAAUCUAAUAUUUUAAUGGUUAAUGCAUAAGCACCAUUUUUUUUACCUUCUAAAUAUGCAUUGAGUCUGUUCUUGGGAACAUUCCAGUACUCACUGAUAGCUUGGAUGUAAUCUCCAAGCAUCACCCGGUCACUACAACACAAGCACGACCUGGUAGUACUUCCUCACAUCCUGGGUAAUUCCUUUGAGUUAGAACCCGGCUUCAAUGUGUUAAAAACAACAGAAAGACGUAAAUUGUUCUGUUAAAAACUUGGUCAACAGUCGCAGAUACUAGCAUGUUGUUAGCAUUUUGUGUUGUUAGCAUUGCGGGUCCACGUUAUCAUUCCAUUUCACUCCCGUCAAAUUUUCACCCAUGUGGAGACGUGUUAUUGAUGAGGUAAAUAAAGUUGUUCUGCCAAACCUUGGUCAACGUGACAGCCGGGGUGAAGAUGGCGCCAAGAUAGGCCGUGUUUGUUGUUAGCAUCUUUCACCUUCAACCCGGAAACGAUUGGCCCCUUAAUAUUUUUUAUCGACAUUGUAGGAACAUUAUAGAACUGCCUCGCAACUUUUGUUUUUAUCUGUUAUUUGAUCAUGUGUUAACAUUAGCAUGCUAACGUUAGCAUACUAAAACUUUAGCUCAUAUUGUCUCUUUGAACCUACAAAUCCUGGAUUUUCAUACUUGACUCCACUUCAGAAGUAUGCUAACUUUUCCUGUAAUAGAAUGCUUAUGCUAACUGCCUCGCUACUUUUGUCCCUUAUCUGUUGACAUGCUAGCAUCCUAAUGUUAGCUUGCUAACGCUUUAUAAUAACAUUUUAGCUAAUUGUGUCUGCUUAAACUAAAAAAUGAUGGAUUUUGAUACAUGGCGCCAUCUUAGAAGUAUGCUAACUCCUUUUAUUUUAGCAUGCUAAUUUAGGAAAAGUUAGCAAACCUUAGCAUGCUAACAGGGGUAGCGUGAUAAGUGGGGUCAUGAGAGACAAUGGUAUAUACUGUAUUUGACACAAUUAGAAGUAUGCUAACUUUUCCUGUAAUAGCAUGCUAACAUUAGCAUGCUAAUGCUAACUGCCUCACCACUUUUUUUUCCCUUCUCUGAUGACAUGCUAGCAUGCUAAUGUUAGCUUGCUAAUGGUUUAUAAUAACAUUUUAGCUAAUUUUGUCUGUUUAAAUUUAAAAAUCAUGGAUUUUGAUUCUUGGCGCCAUUUUAAAAGUAUGCUAACUCCUUUUAUUUUAGCAUGCCAACAACAUUAGCAUGCUAAUUUAAGAAAAGUUAGCAAACCUUAGCCUGCUAACAGGGGCAGCGUGAUAAGUGGAGUCAUGAGAGACAAUAGUAUAUACUGUAUUUGACACAAUUAGAAGGUAACUUUUCCUGAAAUAGCAUGCUAAUGCUAACUGCCUCGCCACUUUUUUUUCCCUUAUCUGAUGACAUGCUAGCAUGCUAAUGUUAGCUUGCUAAUGCUUUUUACUAACAUUUUAGCUAAUUUUUUCUGCUUAAAUUUAAAAAUCAUGGAUUUUGAUACUUGGCGCCAUUUUACAAGAAUGCUAACUCCUUUUAUUUUAGCAUGCUAACAUUAACAUGCUAAUUUAGGAAAAGUUAGCAAACCUUAGCAUGCUAACAGGGGCAGCAUGAUAAGUGGGGUCAUGAGAGACAAUAGUAUUUACUGUAUUUGACACAAUUAGAAGUAUGCUAACUUUUCCUGUAAUAGCAUGCUAAUGCUGACUGCCUUGCCACUUUUUUUCCCUUAUCUGAUGACAUGCUAGCAUGCUAAUGUUAGCUUGAUAAUGCUUUAUACUAGCAUUUUAGCUAAUUUUGUCUGCUUACAUUUGAAAAUCAUGGAUUUUGAUACUUGGCGCCAUCUUAGAAGUAUGCUAACUCCUUUUAUUUUAGCAUGCCAAAAUUAGCAUGCUAAUAUAGGAAAAGUUAGCAAACCUUAGCAUUCUAACAGGGACAUAUUAAGAAUAUAUUUACAUAUAUAGUAAUGAAAUUUAUAGAACUGCCUCGCCUUUGUUUUUUUCUGUUAUUUGGUCACGUGCUAGCAUGCUAAUGCUUUAUACAAACAUUUUUGUCUAUCUGUGUCUAUUUGAACUUAAAAAUCAUGGAUUUUGAUACUGGGUGCCAUCUAAGUAUGCAAACGUUUCCUGUAUUAGCAUGCUAACUUUAGCAUUCUAACAGGGGCAAUUUAAUGUAUGUGUGUGUAGCAAGAUAGAACUGCCUCACCACUUUUUUUUCUCUUAUCUGAUGACGUGCUAGCAUGCUAAUGUUAGCCUGCUAACGCCUUAUACUAACAUUUUAGCUAAUUUUGUCAGCUUAAACUAAAAAGUCAUGGAUUUUGAUACUUGGCGCCAUCUUAGAAGUAUGCUAACUUUUCUUUUAUUAGCAUGCUAACAGUAGCAUGCUAAUGCUAACUACCUCACCAAUUGUUUUUCUCUUUUCCGAUGCAGUGCUAGCAUGCUAAUGUUAGCCUGCUAAUGCUUUAUACUAACAUUUUAGCUAAUUUUGUCUGCUUAAACCUAAAAACCAUGGAUUUUGAUACUUGGCGGCAUCUUAGAAGUAUGAUAACUUCUAUUUUAGCAUGCUGAUGUUAGCAUGUUUAGGAGUUGGUGUGUUUGCAUUUUAGGACAGUGCAAGUGUUGGUGACACACGCGUCACGAUGGUUUCUUCUGGGCUGAAAAUGAAAACCAUAAGAGCAGAGUCAGCAGUGAGUUCAGUUCACUCCACAGACGAAGUAGCGAGCCAGAAUCUAUUUCAAGGUAUUCAAUUUCCGGCCUACAAGCCACUCGAGUAGCCAUGUUGUGAAAGUACAGCUGUCUUCUUCAUCUUCUCUUUUUAAUGGCCGCUAACUUUUCACACAGCUACAACAAUUUAGUCCACCCUGCAAUUUAAACUCAACCAACAAGAUUAUGUCUUCAGAUGAGAAAUGUUUGUAAAGUUGACUUUUGUCUGCAAGAACAUUUACAGUUUGUUCAUCAGUCUUUUCUCAUUGUUUUGAAUGGCGGUUCAUUUGUGUCUUUAUUACAAAAAUUGUUCUGGGUUUUUUUACACUGAUUUUGUCAGAGACUUUUUUGCAUUUUAAUUUUGUGAAUGUAUUUUUUUAUAUCAAUUUAUGCUGACUAUUUCAUUGAAUACAACAAUCAAAAAUUUUAAAAACAAUUAUGUCCAAAUUCAGUUCAAAAAAUAUUUGUAUAAAAAUUCAGUGUAAAAAAUAUAUAUAAUUUUAAUGAAAGUUCAGGGCAUUAAAAUUAUGUGUAAAAUAAUUCAGUGUAUAAAAAUUUAGUGCAGGAAAAUAAAUAAUUGCAGAAAUAUUUAGUUUUGAAUUACAGAGUCUUGAAAAAAAUAUUUCUGCACUGAAUUAUUCUACACAGAAUUUUUAUGAACUGAUAUUCAUUCAAUAUAGGAUAGGAUAGGAUAGGUCUUUAUUGUCAUUGCACAAGUACAACAAAACUUUGUUCAAGAUUAGACAAACAAAAAGUGUACAGGGUUACAGAACAAGAACGCUAAUGGAUGGGAAAAAGGUAAACGCUGGGGAAGGAUGAUUAAAAAAAAUACAAUCCAGCCUGGGCUCCUAAGGGGGCCAAGUCUGGAGUGGGAAAAAAACCUCCAUAGCAAAGCACAUAUACAUAUUACAACAUGCAUCUCGAGAUAUCUAGCAACAGAGGGAAGGGAGUGCGGGGUCAUGGUGGUAGGCCGCAGAUCUCAGGCGCUGACCAUCCAUUCAUCACCCCUAUGGGAUUUGCGUCGAGGGCGUUCGGUUGGGGGGGAUGGGGUGUGUAUGUGUGGCGUAUAUUUUUGUGGAUGUGUGUGUGUGUGUAAGCCCGCUAGUCGCUAGUCCAAAGUCAACAAUAACAGGUGUGUGUCCAUGAGAGACAAGAAGGGAGUUUGUUGUGUCUUCGCUGCGCUGUCCUUCAGGAGAGUCUCGAAGCCAGGGAAACAAUCCAAGUUAGAAUGUUAUUUUUAUGCGGGUGAAAGUAUGUCAGAAUAUGUCAGCAUUUUUAAUUAUAUUAUUAUAUUUUAAAUAUUAUUAUUAUUUUUUUUUUUAUCAUUCACAAAAUUCCAACAUAGAAAUGUAGUUACAUAAAUUUGUUGUUGAAAUAAAAAAGACACAAAUCAACCGCCACAGUUUUUGUAUUUUCACAGUUGAUGUAUGUGUUGAAUAAAUUAUUCACGAAAAAAAAAAAAAAUCUGGACAUGUUGAUAAAAGUAUGUUUGUUUUUUUUGAUCACCUGAACUUGUAUGACGAUUACUAUAAUAUCAAUAAUCCUGUUUCUGUGGAACAUUUAGAAUGACAUCAUGGUAUUAUACUGUAUAUACAUACACAAGUUGACUUGCCAACAAUGAAUAUUUUAUUUUGAAAUGUGUAGACCACUUGUGAAAGCCUUCAUGGAUCAGUGUGCAGGAUGAGCAGUAUUAUUAUUAUUCCUAUUAAUAUCGGCCAUCUUUUCCAAACAUGUUUCCUUCAAAAGAAUCUACCUAACCUGCAGGAUCAGGAACUGAGAAGAGUUUGUUUUUGUUUUUUUACACACUGGACCUGCUAAGGCUUUUUCAUAAUGUACUCAUAAAACCUUUCAAUAAAGUUUGCAACAAACGAA